CCGGAGGCGGAGUCAUCUGAUAGAAGUGCAGCAGCCAGCCUGAGUGCGAGUGCAACAAGGAUCUCCUUCCGCUGUCCGUAUGUGCAGAGAGCAGUCUGAUAUCGCUGGGAGGAAAAUGUCGUGUGGGCUGUGGAAAGAGACCCUGGCUCUGGCAGAGGACUACCUGUCCCUGUGCUGCACAAGCCCCCGGCCAGCCCCCCCGCCUCCCAGCGAGUCAGCCGCUGCCAUGAGGUGCCUGGCCCGGGACAUGGAGGCGCAGCACCAGGCCCGCUUCCACUCCCUCGCUCAGAGCUUCCUCAGGCAGUGUGGGCCGGACCCCUGCUCCAGCCUCAGGAAGGUGAUAGAGGAGCUGGUGGGAGAUGGACACUUGAACUGGGGGAGGGUUGUUUCCCUUUUCACCUUCACCGGGGUGCUGGCCAGACAGCUGCAGGAGCAGAAGGGUGUGAAGCUGGGGCAGGAUCCCGGGCAGGAGCCAGGACCGGAGCCUGGGAGCUGCAGAGGGCUGGCAGAGACCAUCGCUGACUACCUGGGGGAGGAGAAGAAGGACUGGAUGCUGGAGAAUGACGGAUGGGAGGGGUUCUGCUCGUUCUCCCGCACGGCCAGAGGGGUGAGCCAGGACUCGUCCAUGAAGACGGCGCUGAUGGCCGUCGCUGGGGUCGGCCUCGCCGGACUCACCUUCCUCCUGGUGCGCUAAACUAGCCUUCGUCAUCAUUAACACGUCUCCAUCCAUGUUCUCAUUUGGCACAAUUAAGCAGACGAACAUCAAUGCUGCGAACACAGGCCUAAUCUGUAGUGAAUUCAGGGUUAUAAUCUCAAAUCAUCAACUGAAUGUUUGCACAUGCUCAGACCCCACAGACACAUCAAUACUGACAUUUGCUCCUUAAGAUUGUAAACAUAAUCUCAAUGCCUUCAGAAAUGUUGGAGUAAGUGGCAUUUAGCUUGCAUAUCUUUAGACGGUUUAAUUACUAAAGCACAGGUUUCUGCACAGAAUCAUCGUUGCUCUCAAUGUUUUGUAUUUUCGACUGUGCAGCUAUAAGACUUUCAUUUCAGUUAUUCCCACAGCUUUUGGUUUUGAGUUGUUCAAUUGUAAGCUGCCUUUUUAUUCAUGUGUUUACCCGAGUUGUGUACGUGGUAUAGAGCCAUUCUUGUGUACAAUGUAUAAAUUAAUAUAUUAUAUUUAUAUGAAAUGAAACUGUAAGCAGGGGCCCCUUCUUUUUCUAUCUGACCCGCAGCUAACUCAGUUGUUUCAUUGUUCUCAUGCGUGUCCUGCAUCCAUGUGAAAUUACAGCGCUCAUGACAACACACCGGUGCUACGAUAUGUAGAGUUGUUUCUCAUAUCAAACAAACCAGGGACCAAUCUGACUUCAAACAUAUUGCUAUUGAAACAAAACGUUGCUAUAGCAUUUCCCCCCCCAACAGAUCUCUUAAACAUUAUAUUUUUACAUUGUUUUGGUCUAUUUAUUUGUCACUGUUUUUUUUUAUAAUAAAAAAAGAACCAAUAAUG